CUUGUCAUGAUUUUAUUGUUUUUGCUGGUAGAGUUGACAGCAGACCACUCUCUACCAGAUCAGAUACUCAUCAUGAGAGUGGCUGAGAGUGAGUGAGAGGAAGUGUGAACAGAGACAAAUUAUUGCAAAACUCCAUGUAUGCUGUAGUAGGCUAGAGUGGGAGGGUGUAUGUAGUGUAGUGGGGAGGUGAUCAUACUCAGUGCAUGGACACUCUAUAAGAUGCUCAUUUGCAUUUGCCUCGCUCUAUCUGACUGAUUGAAACUAAACACCAGAGGUAACCGUUCUCUCUCUGUCAAGAUUUAUUUUGRUUAAGASAAGUUUUGCUUUCUGUGACUGCUCUUUGGGGAGGUGGUCGUUUCUGUGAAGGAUUUSCACAUUUCUCAUAUCUGGAAGUUUUCUUCCACUACUGUGUGUCUUGUCUUUUCUGCUGACAAGACGACCUGAGGAGUCAUACUGUACAACCCACACUAGUGCUUGGUCUUGCUCUGGGAAAGAAUCUCUCUGUGUCUCUCGUUGUGUGCCGGGACCCCUGGUGCGUGGACCUCGCUCAGGUACUACUUGACUAYCUCUUGGAGGAUCCUUUUUCAGUUCCUUAUAUUCUCUGAUCGGAGACAUCAUGGCUGAGGGUGGUGUCCCGUACCCCUCCGUGUUCAUGGUGGAUAGCCAUGCAACCUACCCACCGCUGCCCCCCAAGCCGAGACCUCCUGGUCGGGGUGGUGUGGCCCAAAGCCUGCUGUUCUUGCUGGUUGGUCUGGCUUUGUGUGGCUUGGCCAUAGAGGCCUGCUUCAUCUACCACCUCUACUCUAAACAGGGAUCUGCGGAGUCAGGGUCAGUUGGUAUGAGUAUCCAAGACCAAGAGGACAUUCCGAAGGAGGUUCCCCCAACUUCAAGACCGAACCCUAUUGUGUUGCCUUCAAAACCUGUUGCACAUCUGACAGCUGGACCUCAAGCACCUCAUGGAGAUGGAGUCAUGGUAUGGAACAUGCAGGCAGAACCGCUCCUCCAUGAAAUGGAGUACAAAGAUGGCAAGCUUGUCAUCCAGAAGGAAGGUUACUACUACGUCUACUCUAAGAUCUUCUUCAGUGAGGUCAAUAUUGAGUUCACACACUCGGUCUGCAGAAAUACUCCACGGUAUCUUGGGGAGGACAUUGAACUCCUUAAGUCCAGGAGAUAUUACCCCAAGUUUGGGGAAAUGAUGUCCACAUCAAACAGCUACCUGGGAGGGGUGUUCCACUUCUUUGAAGAUGACUCCAUCUUUGUCAAAGUGAAAAAUGUCACUCAAGUUCGGAUACAAUAUUCCACAGAGAACGUGUUUGGUAUCUAUAUGAUAUAAUAAGCCUGGGGUUGAUGAUGAAUAUACUUAUUUUUAGAUAGCUGGCUGAUUAUCAUUUGUUUAAGGCAUAAUAAUACUGUAGGCCAAUUUACAUGUAAUAUUGCUACGCAGGGCCUUCCCCCUUCCCGGCACACCAUCAUUUUCUUUAAACAAAUCCUUGCAUCAAGAUGCAAUUCGAUGCGUGGAAAAUUGACUGUUGAAGAAAAAGCCCCUUUAUAAUAAAGCCAUAAUAACGUUUGCCAUGUGGCAUACACUAGGCUACAGUUGAGCAGAGGCAUUUUUAGGAUUUCCGCACAUGGGGAUUUUUUUUAGCAGGGUCGUAAAAGAAUCCGCUUUAAAAAAAAAAUGCAUUUAACGCAGUUCUACAUCAUUUACAUGACCUAAAGACAUUAGUUGAAUCUUUUUAUUACCACACAACUGACUGAAAUGACUGGCUACUCUGACACUGACAAACUGAGAUCAAUCUGGUCUUGAAUUCAAACAAACAAUAGCCCAGGCCAAUGAAGCGACACAAUAUUAGGAAGCAAUAUAUAUACAGUAUAUACUGUAUAUCAUAGGUUACAGUAGGUUACUAAAUAAAAUGUUGAGUGGCACACUGAUUCACCUAAUGAUGAAGAUGAAGCCAUAGGCUUCUCACGGUGAGGGCUGAUGUUAGCUAAAAAUUGGGAGUUGUCAAGAACAUUUUUUUAUUGGUUCUAUAGACAGAUUAGUCUUCUCUUUUCACUAGUAGGCAUUUGCUUUCCAAACUGUGCGUUCUUCCCACAAUUUUAUUUUGAAAUCUGCAAACUGACAGCUGCUUCCCAACCAUAGAAGUACAAUCCAUAGAUGGCAGUUCCCAUUCAAGUCAGAACUGGCAUCCACUGCUGGUGUACCACUUCAAUGGAGUAUAUAUCUAUGGCCAAAAAGCAACAAGCUGUAGCCUAUUUGGGGCGCAUGACCUUCCUGACUGUAGGCAUAGCAGUGACUGUCAAAAUAAAGGAAACACAUGAGUUAACAAGGGAUACAAGGUACACAGUAUGUUAUGGUGUGGGGUGCAUUUUCCUGGCAUGGUUUAGAGCCACAUGCAUAAUCUAUGCCAAGGAGCAUUGAAGCUGUUCUGGCAGUUCAUGGUGGCGCAGCACCCUUUUAAGACACUUUUUGUUGGUGUUUCCUUAAUUUUGGGAGAUAUCUGUAUGUGCUUGUGAUAAAACUUAAUUCACAGUUAUUUUUUUAUAAACGAUUUAUCCUCUGCAGCUAAAUUAUGCUUUCUGGUGUAUUUUGAACAUUGAGAGCGGGCGCCUAUGGUUGGAAAAAAAAAAUAUAUAUAUAUAAAAUAAAAAGUUGUAUUAUUUUUUGCCUCUUGGGCCCAGUCCUUGACUCACACAAUUGACCAGUCCUAUUUAUUUAUUAUGCAGUUAUUAUUUAUAUAUUUUUAUUAAUCAAUUACCCAAUCAAGACAGGGGACCCCCUACCUCCUCUCCUCCCCCCCUUCUGAUGAUUAGCAGAGCGGCAGCAGGCAGCAGGCAGCAGCUAGACUCAUUGAUAGCAGAGUCCUGAGUCUUCCUGUGGCGGUUGUAGUGAAAAAGUAUAAAAUAUGUGCUACAUAUAUAAUAUAUACAACAUAUAAUAUAUAUAUAUAACAUAUAAUAUAUACAGUAUAUAUUUCCUUGAUAGUUAAACAUUUAUUUAAAAACAAAAAAAAUCAUUGCUGCCUCUUGGGCCCCCAAUGGGCCUGGACGCAGGUGUUACAGCCCCGGUAAACCCCUGCAUUAAUCAGGCCCUGUUGCUAAGGUAAAUCAUAAAAUCGGAUAAAAUUAUAAUAUAUUGAUUGAUUUUGCUUUUGUAGAAUAAAACACUUUUUUUAUCAGUGUUGGUGGUGAAAGUGCAGAAUAUUCUGGAGUUAACAUUAUUAGGGAUGUUUGUACUCACUCCGUGUUGCUUCUCUUUUGUAAGUAGUGUUGUUAUUGAUGGGGGUUUAGGUCAGGAGGUAACACAUUAUGUUGAUAGUCCGCCCUCAAGAACAAGAACAAAAGAAGUGUAUGAACAUUACCUCUGUAUGCUAGGGUUCAAUGCAUAUUUACAGACAUCAGCUCUUUAUACUCUUACUUGUUUGUUAUAUUGACCUGAUUAAAAAUAAUAUAUCCAUAAUAGUAUAAGGAAAUACAUAAUAUAGAUAUAGAGAAAAAUAUUUAGAUAUUUAGAUAAUUCGAAAUAGAGACAAGUAGAUAUAUUCUACAUUAUUGAAACGAUUUAAGAAUACCUGAUAUUCAGGUAAAUUGCAUGUAAACCACUGCAUAGUGUUCAUGAUAAGGUCAAAUGUUGGACUAUCUAUUUCACUCUUUGUAUAACCUCCAUAAAAUUACAAAGUGAUUAACUAAUUUCAAUACCCUCGACAUGUUGUAUUUCACCUAAUGGUGUUUUAUAUUUAUUUAACAUUUUAUACAAAUGUAAAGUAGUCAUUGUCCUCCAUAUUCUGAUAAACACGACUUAUCAACUUCCAUAUAUAGUGAGAAAUAAAAAAUAAUAUAUGUUUUUUCUUCUUAUUGGACGCCAACGCUAUGCAAGCAGUAGGCUAUAGCUGUAACACAUACUGUGUAUUUUGUAUAUUCUAUCCUGCAAAUAUUCAAAUAAAUAAAUGUUGCAUUUUUUAUCUUU